GUUACCUUAGCCAUUUGUACAAGAACAAAGCCCAGGAAAGACCAUGAGUCAGACAGCUGGAGGUCCUCUGAAGGCUGUUGGAAUCGAUUUCCUCAGAAAACACAAUACAUAUCUCCACCACACCAAUGAUUACAGUAACUCAAGUCUGGUUGUGAGGCGUGGAAAGGAGUUUCAGUUGCAGUUGACCUUUAACAGAGAGCUGAAAGACCAGGACAAAAUCACACUGCAGUUCAGUAUUGGUGACAAACCAAAGCGAUCAAGUGGGACUCUUUUAUCCUUGAAUGCAAGGUCAGGACAGGAGGUUAAUGGCUGGCGUGCCACCAUCAGUCAAACCAACGGGAAGGAGUGCCUGGUUGUUGUGACCAGCCCAGCAAAUGCAAUUGUUGGGAAAUACCUGCUGAGUGUGAAAACGGGACCUAAUGUCUAUAAACCGGAGAAGAGCUUUAUCUAUGUUUUGUUCAACCCAUGGUGUAAAGCUGACUCUGUUUUCAUGCCUGAUGAUGCUGAAAGAGCCGAGUAUGUGCUCAAUGAUACUGGCUAUAUCUAUGUUGGAUCAGCAAAAAACAUACGUGAAAGACCUUGGAAUUUUGGGCAGUUUGAAGAAUACGUCUUGGACUGCUGCAUGUACCUUCUGGACAAAAGCCAGCUUAAGCAGAAUGUUAGAAAGGACCCUGUCAUCAUCUCCAGGACCAUGUCUGCUUUGGUUAAUGCCAACGAUGAUGCAGGAGUGCUUUUUGGGAACUGGUCAGGACGCUAUGCUGGUGGUACCUCUCCAUUGGCCUGGACUGGAAGUGCCCCAAUUUUGCAGCAGUAUUACAAAACCAAAAGAACUGUCAACUUUGGUCAGUGUUGGGUUUUCUCCGGAGUGCUUACUACAGUCAUGAGAAGUCUGGGGAUUCCAUCCAGAAGUGUGAGCAACUUUGCUUCCGCUCAUGAUACAGAGGAAAACCUAAAGGUUGACAUCUAUUUGAAUGAAAAGGGAGAAAAAGUAGAGGACUUAACAUCAGACUCUAUCUGGAACUUUCAUGUCUGGAAUGAGGCUUGGAUGAAAAGGCCAGACUUGCCCAAAGGCUUUGAUGGUUGGCAGGCAAUUGAUGCCACUCCUCAAGAACAGAGCCAAGGGAUUUUUCAGUGUGGCCCCUGUCCAGUAAAUGCAAUCAGAAAGGGAGAAGUCUAUCUUCCCUAUGACUCUAAGUUUGUGUUCGCUGAAGUGAAUGCAGACAGGGUUUUUUGGCUUGUAAAGACUGUGAAUGAUGAAAGCAAAUAUGUCAAGCUGCGUGAAGAGACCAAAGUGAUUGGGAAGAGCAUCAGCACCAAAGCAGUUGGGAAGAACACCCGUGAAGACAUCACGGUUCAGUACAAAUUCCCAGAAGAUUCUCCGGAGGAAAGGAAAGCGGUAGAAAAUGCUUGCUCUUAUCUAAAUUCUACCAAUCUGGGGUCCUGUGAAAUAACACCUCCCCUAGAGCCUCUUAAGGCUAACCUCCAACUUGGGAUGGAAGGUGAGACAACCUUGUGGCCAGGGAAUCCCAUCGAUCUGAAUAUUGUGGUAAAGAACGAAUCUGCAGGCACAUGGACCGUGAACCUUGUUGCCUCUUGUCAGCUGGAGUCCUACAUUGGAAAAGUGGAGGCCAGCCUCGCAACCAUCAAGCAGACUAUCCAAACAGAAGGCAAGCCAGCUAUUCAGAUCCCUCUGAGAAUAGCAGCUGAGACUUACCUAAAAGCAUUGAUGGCAGUAGAGGAUGAACUUUUGGUCAAAGUCAACAUUAUUGCAGAGAUUCAAGAAACUAAUGAGACACUCACGGAAGAGCUGACUUUAACCUUCCAGUACCCACCUCUCAAAGUGGAGAUGCCGGAAACUGCAAAGAUCAAUGAAGAUUUUAAGUGUGCAUUCAUUUUCAAGAAUACACUCUCCAUUCCCUUGGAAAACUGCAAAUUGCAUGUAGAAGGCCUGGGCAUCUUUAGAAUGGAAACAUUUGAUCAAGGAGAUGUGGCUCCUGGCAACAUAUUUAAAUCCAAAAUCGUAUGUGCUCCGAGGAGAACAGGGACCAAAAAGAUAGUGGCCAAACUCAUCUCCACCCAGGUGAAAGGGAUCGCUGUGGAAAAGAUCAUUACCAUCAUGGAAUAGGGGCAGUUCCCACAGCCAACAUCUGGUGGCAGCCAGAGGCUACCGCUGAGCUGUAUUGACACCGCCUGCAGCUUGGAUGGGGAACCAAAACAAGAGUCAGAAAGAGACGCUUAAGAGAAUUUAAGUGGCUUAAGGGUAUAGCUGUUUUGAUUCUAGCUAAUGGGGAUUUAAUAGAGAUUAUUCAAAUCUGCUCUUAGAUGUGUAUAGAUUUGGCAGUUUAGGAUGAGUAAGAACAUGUUUUGUGGAAUUUGGAGUGGGCAAAAUAUCCAUGGCUUUGGCAGGGGCGGGAGAAGUUGGCUCUGUUUUCCUUUAGCAAACAAUUUAAGGCUUUGUCUGAGGCUAACAACAUUAGCUCCUUCUUUUCCUUUCAGUUGACAUAAUGGUGGCUUUGACAGUUGCUAAUUCUGCCGCUAGCAUUUGUGUCCACAACAUGCUGUGUAUGACAAAGCUGCAUGUAGCCUGCUUUGCUUCAUAGUACAAGGUAUGCAACAUUUGGUGCAUUAUGUUGUGAAGUUUGCACAGAGCCAUUUAUAUUCUGUGAUCAUAAAUACAGC